UAUUGCUUUGCUUGUGCUGAAGAAAUCAGAGCUACUUUCAUGAGUUAGAGGUGCAUGUAAAAAUCUGUGGAACUAUGGCCUGCAGGGCUCCAAGGCAACGGCAGGCAGGAGCUUCACAAGUGGCAACUGCAAGGAACCAGAACACAGGUUUUUCUCCAGAUGAAGACCUUCGAAUUGUCCUGAUUGGAAAGACAGGAAAUGGGAAGAGUGAAUCGGGAAACACCAUCCUAAAUCGACGGGCUUUUAAGUCAGUCCUCUCUCCGAGCUCUGUGACGUCAGAGUGUGAAAAGGCCAGAGGAGUGGUGAACGGCUACAGGGUCGCCGUGAUCGACACUCCAGGAAUAUAUGACACAAAGUACAAAGAAGCCGAGGUGGUCCGAAAACUCAAAGAAUGCAUCUCUCUCUCUGCCCCUGGUCCUCAUGUGUUCCUCAUUGUGGUCAAGUUGGACAGAUUCACAGAGGAGGAACAGAAAACUGUGGAGCUCCUACGUCUGGUGUUUGGUGACAAAGCUGCAGAUUACUCCCUGGUUCUCUUCACUCAUGGUGACCGGCUGCGAGGCACAACAGUGGAAGAAUACUUCAGCAAAUGUGGCAAACUGAGUCAUCUGAUUGCACAAUGUAACUGGCGCUAUCAUGUCUUCAACAAUACAGUUCCUGAUAACCAUCAGGUACGUCAGCUGCUUACAAAGAUAAGAAGCAUGAUUAGCGAUAAUGGAGGAACAUUUUACACAAAUGCAAUGUUCCAGGAAGCCGAGAGAGCGAUCCAAGAUGAAGCAAAGAAGAUUAUGAAGGCCAGUGCUGAGAACAAACGAAGACAAGAGGAAGAACUGAGGGACAAACUUAAAGGAGAGGAGCUGCAGGAGAAGCUCCAGUGGCUUAAUGGAGAGUAUAUAAGAAAAUCAAGAGAGAAGGCAGAGAAGAAAAACAAAUUUCUUGAAACGAGUAUGAUUGCACCAUCAGUUGAAGCGGGUAUUGCGAUCGGGGUUGGUGCAGCAGCUGCUGGAGGUCCUCUUUGUAUAGCCGUUGGAGCAGUGGUGGGUGGAGCUGUUGGGGCUGUGGUGGGAGUUUUGACACCAGCAGCAGUAAAAGCUCUGAAAAGAAAAUGUACUGUACAGUAAAAGACAUAACAUGUGGCUGCUUUAGUUACAUGGACAAAUACUGAUGAAAAAAUUCACACAUCAGCUUGAACUGUCAAUGAACUGGAUACUGUAAUUCUUACUCUUGUACAAUGGACUGAACAACUUGAAGAGAUGCAGCAAAAGUGAGACUGCUCCUAAAUUGAGAUUUUUAUUCAACUUCUGGUAUGCUUCAGUUCUACUGAUCUGCAUGUAUGUUUCUUUGUAUCUUUUCUUUAAGCAUAUUACUGGUGGGUCCCAUUGCAGUGUUCAUGGAGGCAGCAACAACGUCGACCAACUGGUUCGACUGAAGCAAGCACUGAGUUUAUAUUUCCGCUUAGCAACAGUUCUACAUGCCUUCACGGGUCAUUUUAGCUGCUUUAAUUUGGUUUCAUUGUUUUGGAUCACUCUCUCUGCUCAUAGUACACCUUCAGUCACCGAUGAUGCUCUGAUGAAUCCACUGUGUGUUAUCUGCCCAGCACAAAAUAAGGUUUUGGGAGCUGAAGACAGGCGUCUCCCUCAGGACAAACAAAAUAAAUAAACUUAGCAGUGCAUUUUUAACGCACCUUGAAAGCAUCAGUGUUUGAGCAAUAUACAACUGCAGAAUAAUUCACAAGUGUUUUAUAGUUUGUUAAGAGUUGUUGCAUUUUAUAUUCGGUUCUGUACAGUUACUGGCAUGCAGGGUUUAUUUUAAAAGUAGUAGUAUAUUGUGCAUAUUUUUUGAAGUUCUACAAUAUACUGGAAACAAAAGCAAAGGAGCAGUGAAAACAGAAAAACUGCAUGUUGGUUAUGUUUAAGUGUAUAUGUAUAAAUUAAGGCUUAUUUUUAAAGAAUAUCUUUGUGUCUUUCAUGGCGAUGAGGGCAUCAAAGUAUUUUUUCUAUCUGCCAAAAUGGUGUUUUAGACAGAAGAGAAGUGGAUGUAUUAUAAAGACUAGAGAAAACACAGAGAAACUGUCAUCUCAGAAAUGCAAACAGCACAUAGAGACUGCAUAUAAUAAACACAAUAAACACAACACAGCCUCACUAACUCAUUUACAAACUGUGCUGCCAUACUGGUUAAAAGAACAUCUGUGAAAUAAACAAUAAAAUGCAAUCAUU